AUGUCAGAAUCAUCAAAGAUAGACAGACGAUCUCGAGGGUUUGGAUUCAUCAGAUUUCCCUCUCUACCCGCAGCCGAAUCAUUCAUGCAAGCCAACUAUCCCAUUGUUUAUAUCUAUGGCGAGAACUCCAAAGGCCACACCUCCGAUAAUGCAAAGGUUAGAAUCGCAUACGGUCGAGAACGGAAAGACACAGACCGAGUGCAAGAGACGGAUUGGAUAUGCAAAGCCUGCAACAUCAACAACUUUUCUACGCGAUUGAAAUGCUUUCGUUGUCAGAGUGCUAGACCUGAUCCUGCUACCAACGCGAAGGCAGCUAACAUUGGAGACAAUGAUGCUGCCCCUGACAACGUGCCCUCCCAAUUCCUUCUCCUACGAGGUCUUGAUCCCAAUGUAAACGAGGAUCUCUUUGCCAAGGGUGUUGGGAAGCUGAACAAGCCCUCAGCUACUGGCUCACUGCCUUCGCAACCAGCACAGAAGAAAGGGAAGGUGGCUUCGACAACGGGGGAUGCGAACUUAGGUGCUAAAGAAGGUACCCUACGUCGAAUCCUGCUGGUCCGAGAUCGCAAAACCAACGAGAGCUGGCGAUACGGCUUCGCUGAAUACGCGACUAUUGAAGACGCUCAAGCUGCUAUAACGAGGUAUAAUUCCUUCGAUCGUUUCACUAUUGCUUCGAAGACAGUCCUAGUCAGCUAUAUCCAUGCUGGCGUAUUUGUACCCGUACACAAUCCAAGUCCUGCGACCAAACGGUUCAGCUUCAGUCCGAUAGGCAAUCCCUCGGUCAAGCUGCAAUACUGGGACGAGGACGCCUAUAUCACCGAGCUCAUGGUCAAUAUGCCAGACCAGCAAUCAGCGACUCCCAAGGGGACCGCAGUCAACCCUGCAGACAACGAAGGUCUCAAAGCGGUUCCAGACAUUGACAAGCUCAAGAAGCGUAAACAGCAACUCGAGGCUAGCACCUCGUCGAAAAAGGUCACACCAUCACAUCUUCAAUUCUGGUCAAAUCGCCAUGCGGAGUUGCAUGGCAUACACCAGAAGAACAACGACAACCCAAAGAGCGAUCGAGGAUCGGAUCCUGGUGCGCCACCAGCCAAGUCUUAUGCGGAUCCGAAACGUAGUUGCUGUUACUUAUGCAUGCGUCAAUUCGAAUCUCCAGCAGAGGUGAACAGACACGAGCGACUAUCUGACUUACACCGUAACAACCUGAAAGACGAGAUCAAAGUAAAGAGAGCAGAACAUAAGCUCGACAAACAUGGUGUUACCUCGAGUGUGCAAGCAUCGGCGACCGUCGAUCAAGAAUCCCAGAAGUCCGAGUACAGAGAUCGCGCUAGGGAACGGAGAAAGAUCCACGGUGUAGUAAACAAAAAGGGUGAGAUUGUCGGAGGGAAGAAUGCCUCAGCGAAGGAGCGGACACCAUCACCACCACCGACAGCACCAUCGAAAGGUGCCAACCUGCUCGCAAAGAUGGGUUACACAGCUGGUGCUGGUCUAGGUGCAACUGGCGAAGGCAUGACGGCACCAAUAGCGCAAAACGUGUACGCUGCUGGCAUAGGUCUCGGCGCGCAGGGCGGCAAGCUAGGUGAUGCAGUUGAGCAGGCUGAGCGCAAUACAAAGGGCGAUUACGCGGACUGGGUAGAGCAAGGAAGGGACAAGAUGAGAGAGCGAUACAAGAACAUGUGA